CCGGUUAUCACGAACAACUACACCUGUUGAACGGCGAUCCCUCCAAAGUUAUUCACCUUCUCUGCAUAUCUAUUCGAUUUCGAAUUUUCGAUCUUCCGAUUUUUAGUAUCGUCUCUACGCUAUAAUCCCCUCCCACUUUCUACGAUGAAUUCCGCUUUAGAUUUUGCUUCUCCGGCUACCUUCCCGGCGAAAUCGAGUUUUGUUGGCCGAAUCCGACGCGGGCUUCCUUCUCCUGGAUUCGGUUCCCGCGUAAGAGUGUGCUCUCUUCCUCCUUCUUCAUCUCUCAAGGCUGAGUCAUGUUUAAAAAGAGAUGUGCACAGACAAAGAAGCAGUCUCGAGUCAAUGUUCUGUUAUGAUAAGCCAAUACCAGAGGAAAUAAUAGAGGCUCCAGUAGGAUUAUCCAUGUCAGAGAGAGAGAUUGGUGAUAAUCAGCGUUGCACUUGUUGUGAAGCUAAAGGUGCAUUGCUCUGUGCCACUUGCUCCGGAACUGGGCUAUAUGUAGACUCCAUAAUGGAGAGCCAAGGCAUCAUUGUUAAAGUCCGUUGCUUAGUUUGUGGUGGAACAGGUAACAUUAUGUGCAAAAGUUGUGGCGGGCGGGGUCACAUUGGGCACUGAUGACUCCGAGAUUCGCUUGUUUCCUGUCAUGGUUUUGUCCUCAAUUUACCUAUUCGCCACUUUUAUAUGUUGUGCCUUUCUGAUCAAAUUGCAGAAUCCUACUUUUGUCAGUUCCAUAUAUAGUUUUGCUGUGUUCAUGUAUUGAUGUAAUCGCUAAGCUGAAAAAAUUACAAUCUUGUAACAGACUCGAUUCAUCUCCUUUUGUUAAAUAAAAGAUAGUUUCCUA